AUGCCCAGUAAGUUCAGCUGCCGGCAGCUCCGGGAGACGGGCCAGAGAUUCGAGAAUUUCCUGGUCGAUCGGGGACACGACAGGGAGACAGAUCGCGAGCGGCUGAGGACCAUUUAUAACCAGGACUUCAAGACCAGCUUUGGGACCCCUACCCCUGGCUUCUCCUCCAUGCUGUAUGGAAUGAAGAUUGCCAAUCUGGCCUACGUCACCAAGACCCGAGUCAGGUUCUUCGGGCUCGACCGCUGGGCCGACGUGUGGUUCCCAGAAAAGAGGAGAAUGAAGCCGGGGUUGGAAAUGAGCAAACACCACAGGUCACUGCUAGCCACUAUCUUUCAUGACAGGGCUGAGUAUAUGCAUGGGAAACAUGGGGUGAAUGUGGAAGUCCAGGGGCCCCACGAAGCCCGAGAUGGACAGCUCCUUAUCCGCCUGGAUUUGAACCGCAAGGAGGUGCUGACCCUCAGGCUUCGGAAUGGAGGAACCCAGCCUGUCACCCUCACCCACCUCUUCCCGUUCUGCCGGACCCCCCAGUUUUCCUUCUGCAAUGGAGACCGGGAGCUGCCCUGCCUCCUGGGCCCGGGUGAAUGCUAUGAGCUCCAUGUUCAUUGUAAGACCAGCUUUGUGGGCUACUUCCCAGCCACAGUGCUCUGGGAGCUGCUGGGCCCUGGAGAGCCGGGCUCAGAAGGAGCUGGCACUUUCUACAUCGCCCGCUUCUUAGCCGCCGUGGCCCACAGUCCCCUAGCGGCACAGCUGAAACCCACGACACCCUUCAAGCGGCGCCAGGUCACUAGAAACCCUGUGGUGACCAGCCGAAUAGAGGAAGGAGAGAGACCCGACCGUGCUAAGAACUAUGACCUGGAGUUCAGUUUGCCACUGGGAACAUACUACCCGCCCCCCCGCCUCAGACAGCUGCUCCCCCUCCUUCUUCAGGGAACAAGUAUUUUCACUGCCCCGAAGGAGGUUGCUGAGAUCAAGGCCCAGCUGCAGACAGCCCUGAAGUGGAGGAACUACGAGGUGAAGCUCCGGCUGCUGCUGCACCUGGAGGAGCUACAGAUGGAGCACGACAUCCGGCACUAUGACCUGGAGUCGGUGCCCAUGACCUGGGACCCCAUAGACCGGAACCCCCGUCUGCUCACGUUGGAGGUUCCUGGGGUGGCUGAGAGCCGCCCCUCCGUGCUGCGGGGUGACCACCUAUUUGCCGUUUUGUCCUCCGAGACACAUCACGAGGACCCUGUCACCUACAAGGGCUUUGUGCACAAGGUGGAAUUGGACCGGGUCAAGCUGAGUUUUUCCACCAACCUCCUGAGCCGCUUUGUGGAUGGGCUGACUUUCAAGGUGAACUUCACUUUCAACCGCCAGCCCCUGCGGGUGCAGCACCGUGCACUGGAGCUGACGGGGCGCUGGCCACUUGAGCCCGUGCUCUUCCCGGUGGCCUCACGUGGAGUCCUGCUGCUGCCCUCAGAUGUGAAGCUCAAGCUGUACGACCGGAGUCUGGAGUCAAACCCGGAGCAGUUUCAGGCCAUGAAGCACAUCGUUAUGGGCACCACCCGCCCCGCCCCCUACAUCAUCUUUGGGCCUCCGGGCACGGGCAAGACUGUCACCCUAGUGGAAGCCAUCAAGCAGGUGGUGAAGCACUUGCCCAAAGCCCACAUCCUGGCCUGCGCUCCGUCCAACUCAGGGGCCGAUCUCCUCUGUCAGCGCCUCCGGGUCCACCUGCCCAGCUCCAUCUACCGCCUCCUGGCGCCCAGCAGGGAUAUCCACCUGGUCCCUGAGGACAUCAAGCCCUGUUGUAACUGGGAUGCAAAGAAGGGGGAUUUUGUAUUUCCUUCAAAGAAGAAGCUGCAGGAAUAUCGCGUCUUAAUUACCACGCUCAUCACUGCCAGCAGGUUGGUCUCGGCCCAGUUUCCCAUCGAUCACUUCACACACAUCUUCAUCGACGAGGCUGGCCAUGCCAUGGAGCCAGAGAGCCUGGUGGCCAUAGCAGGGCUGAUGGAAGUCAAGGAAGCAGACAACCCAGGAGGGCAGCUGGUGCUGGCAGGAGACCCCCGGCAGCUGGGGCCUGUGCUGCGUUGCCCGCUGACCCAGAAGCAUGGGCUGGGGUACUCACUGCUGGAGCGGCUGCUCACCUUCAACGCCCUGUACAAGAAGGGCCCAGAUGGCUAUAACCCCCAGUUCAUAACCAAGCUGCUGCGCAACUACAGGUCUCACCCCACCAUCCUGGACGUUCCUAACCGGCUGUAUUAUGAUGGGGAGCUGCAGGCCUGUGCGGAUGUCGUUGACCGAGAGCGCUUCUGCCGCUGGGAGGGUCUGCCUCGACAGGACUUUCCCAUCAUCUUUCACGGUGUAAUGGGCAAGGAUGAGCGUGAGGGCAACAGCCCGUCCUUCUUCAACCCAGAAGAGGCUGCCACAGUGACUUCCUACCUGAAACAGCUCCUGGCCCCCUCCUCCAAGAAGGGCAAAGCCCGUCUGAGCCCCCGAAGUGUGGGCGUCAUCUCCCCAUACCGGAAGCAGGUGGAAAAAAUCCGUUAUUGCAUCACCAAACUUGACAAGGAGCUUCGGGGACUAGACGACAUCAAGGACUUGAAGGUGGGUUCUGUAGAAGAGUUUCAAGGCCAGGAACGCAGCGUCAUCCUCAUCUCCACCGUGCGGAGCAGCCAGAGCUUCGUGCAGCUGGAUCUGGACUUUAACCUGGGUUUCCUCAAGAACCCCAAGAGGUUCAAUGUGGCAGUGACCCGGGCCAAGGCUUUGCUCAUCGUGGUGGGCAACCCGCUCCUGCUGGGCCACGACCCGGACUGGAAAGUAUUCCUGGAGUUCUGUAAGGAAAACGGGGGGUAUACUGGGUGCCCCUUCCCUGCCAAACUGGACCUGCAGCAGGGGCAGAACUUACUCCAAGAUCUGAGCAAACUCAGCCCCUCUACCUCAGGACCCAAAAGUCACGACUACCUCCCCCAGGAGCGGGAGGGUGAAGGGGGCCUGUCCCUGCAAGUGGAGCCAGAAUGGAGGAAUGAGCUCUGA